UCUUUGUAAUUAAUGUAAGGGAUUAGUUGACUUGGUCAGAUGAUGUAGCUCGUUAAGUAUGUCAAGAGAUUUGUGGUUUCUGAUUUGUAUAUAAAGUCGGAAAUACAAGCUAGGGUCACUUAAGUUUUCUUUUGUCUUCAAUAAUCUACAAAAUGAAAAACUUGUUUGUUCUUUUGUUGGUCGUUCUGGUAGCUACAGUCACUGCUAAAAAGGGAUGGAAACUCCGACAGCGACAACGGUGCAAAUAUGAUAAAGGUGUCUGGAGUGAAUGUGACACAACAACAAAUACCGUCAGCAGAGUUUUGAAUCUAAAAUCCGGCGAGGAAGGAUGCCAACAGACACUGAACCAAAGUAUAACAUGCGAUAGGUUUGAAAGGCUACAAGCAUGGAAAGUAAAAAAGAGGAAAGUAGAAGAGAACGGCAGGGAAUGAAACAACAAAGAAAAGACCAAAAACAAGAGAUGAAAAAGAAUAAAAAGCUUGUAAAAAUGCAACUUAAAAAAUGUCGCUAUGACCACAGUGACUGGAGUAUAUGUGAUCAAGCAACAAAUACAGUAACCAGAAAUUUUACUUUGAGAGAAGGAGAACAGGAUUGUGAACAAUCACAUACGAUCACCAUAACUUGUGACAAAUUUAACAGAAUACAGGCAUGGAAAGCAAAGAAAAUGGACCGUAAACAGAAAAGAAAGGACGAAAAACUGCAAAUGAAGCAAGAAAGAAAAAAGAAAAGAAAGCUUGUCAAAGAACAAAGACUUAAAUGCAAGUACGACAAGGAAAACUGGAGUGAAUGUGAUAAAACAACAUACACAGUAACCAGAGUUUUGACAUUAAGGGAUGGAGAAGAAGAAGAAUGCGAGCCAACAGUAAUUGUUACCAUUUCAUGUAGAAAGUUUGAGCGUAUUCAACACUGGAAAGCAAGAAAAAUAGAGCGCAAGAAUGACAAGAAGGAGAAGAAAAUGUUUAUUAAAGAACAGAAAAAUAUUUGGAAAGAAAAUAAAAAGAUAGUCAAAGAACAGCGUAGACUCGGAUGCAGUUUUGAUGUUACCUUCAGUGAAUGUGAUCCUAUAUCCAACAUGGUUACAAAAUCGUACAUACCAACAACAGAUGACAAUUCAUGUGAAAACAGGUCAUUUAAAUAUUCAUGUGAUUUGCAUGAAAGAUUAAUGGAAAAGAAGAGAAAACGUCAAGACAAAAGAGCUAACAGAAAAAUUUACAGGAAGGAGUUUAGGCAGCAGAGGCUUCGGAUUUGAACUAAAGACUAUAAAGUAUGAUCAAGAAUAAUUCCAAUUUUCAUCAUGACUACAAUGUAUUACGACUGAGAGAUAUGGUUCAAUCCUGCGCCAAAUUAUUUUCUAAACAUAUUAAAGUUACAGAAAAAAAGCUGUCUGGGCAGUUCUGUGGUUCCUUCCAACUUUUGUUGGAUAAUUUUUAGAAAUCUAGAGAAACUGAAGAAAACACCCAUUUUCCGUUGCUAUUUUUAAAUCAUGACUUACUUUUUAAUAAAUAUGGUACAAAAGCUGUU